GCCACAUGAUUCACUUACCUCCUCACCUUUCAGCCGCUGCUACCAUCCAUCUUCUCUGCCUCAGCUAACAUACGCAUGCGCGCCUCCACCCGCAACAACACAUUUCCAUAUAUAGAACUGUGUGUGCUGCUGCCAUCUGCAGAAUAUUCACACCUCAGCUACCUCCCUGCUGCUCUUAGUCGAGGAAGAAAGUAACACGUAGCAGCUCCGACGGCGCCACCGAUGGAGAAGAGCGGAGAAGAAAAGAAGGUGCCUCUGCUGGAGCCUCGGCCGGCGGCCGCCCACGGAGAUGGCGGCAGCAGCGAGGCCGAGGAAGAGGACGACUCGUCGUUAUCGCUGGGUCGUCGUGCGUGGGAGGAGAACAAGAAGCUGUGGGUGGUGGCCGGGCCGUCCAUCUUCACGCGCUUCUCCUCCUUCGGCGUCACCGUCAUCAGCCAGGCAUUCAUCGGCCACAUCGGCGCCACCGAGCUCGCCGCCUACGCGCUCGUCUCCACCGUCCUCAUGAGAUUCAGCAACGGCAUACUGCUGGGCAUGGCGAGUGCGCUGGAGACGUUGUGCGGCCAGUCCUAUGGCGCCAAGCAGUACCACAUGCUGGGAAUCUACCUGCAGCGCUCCUGGAUCAUCCUCUUCGUCUGCGCCGUCGUCCUCCUCCCGGUCUACCUCUUCACCGAGCCGCUCCUCGUCGCCCUUGGCCAGGAUCCCAAAAUCUCUGCUGUGGCCGGCACCAUCUCGCUCUGGUACAUCCCGGUCAUGUUCUCCUACGUCUGGUCCUUCACUCUCCAGAUGUACCUGCAGGCGCAGAGCAAGAACAUCAUCAUCACCUACCUCGCCAUGCUCAACCUCGGCCUCCACCUAACUCUGUCAUGGCUCAUGACGGUCAAAUUCCAGCUCGGCAUCGCCGGGGUCAUGGGCUCCAUGGUCAUCUCCAUGUGGAUCCCGGUGUUUGGGCAGCUUGCCUUCGUCUUCUUCGGUGGUUGCCCUCUCACAUGGAUGGGGUUCUCCUCUGCUGCGUUCACCGACCUUGGUGCCAUCAUCAAGCUCUCGCUAUCUUCUGGUGUGAUGCUCUGUUUGGAAUUGUGGUACAACACCAUAUUGGUGCUCCUCACAGGGUAUAUGAAGAAUGCAGAGAUUGCACUUGAUGCCCUCUCAAUAUGCCUCAAUAUCAAUGGUUGGGAGAUGAUGAUCUCUAUCGGCUUUUUGGCUGCAACAGGGGUGCGAGUGGCAAAUGAGCUUGGAGCUGGAAGUGCAAGAAGGGCCAAGUUCGCCAUCUACAAUGUGGUCACCACUUCUUUCUUGAUCGGAUUUGUGUUGUUCGUGCUCUUCCUUCUCUUCCGUGGAAGCCUUGCCUACAUAUUUACUGAGAGCCGAGCAGUAGCCGAUGCCGUUGCUGACCUUUCGCCUCUUCUAGCCUUCUCCAUUUUGUUGAACAGUGUUCAGCCAGUAUUAUCAGGUGUCGCUGUUGGUGCUGGCUGGCAAAGUGUAGUGGCCUAUGUUAACAUUACAUCCUACUACUUGAUUGGCAUCCCUCUUGGAGCCAUACUAGGCUAUGUGGUGGGAUUUCAUGUGAAGGGCAUUUGGAUUGGCAUGCUGCUCGGAACACUAGUCCAAACCAUUGUGCUUCUGUUCAUAACAUUAAGGACCAACUGGGAAAAACAGGUGGAGAUUUCUCAAGAGAGAUUGAAGAGAUGGUACAUGGAAGAGAACAGAAGACUGGAAGGCUCGAGGGGAAAUCCUUGAACCGGUUCUUUAAAGUGGGAAACAAAUCUAUAGGACCUGAUUAAAAAACAUUCUUGCAAGACUCUAAUCUACAUCGUGUGUCUCUGAUCCAACAACUGAGAGUGGCGCGUGCGUGAAAAAGAUAGGCACGUGUCACACUGAGAUCCAACAACUGAGAGCAGUGUCUUUUGAAGGAUCAGAUCCUGUAGAAUUUGUUUCCUUCAAAGUGGGACAUUGUGGGUCAUCGUAAAAAGGAUUUGCUCUGCGUUUGAGACCUUUCGGCAGAUACACACAUUUCUUCAUCAUCUCAAGAAUGAAAUGAUGGAAUUGUAGCCUGCCCAGAAGGUGUGUUUUUUAAUCAAAAUAAAAUGUAUUGGGUGUGUUCCUUCUCAAGCCAAGCAAUGAAAGUGACCUCCGGCAGUAGUGAUUCUCCGGUUCAAAAACAGUCUUAUUUGUUAGUGGCACGGCAUAUAUGUACGCGAGCUGUUUCGCUAACAGUGAGUUUGGCAAUAAUUUUGCUCUUAGUUAAAUUGUGUCCUCAUCAGAGCACUGUUUGUGGUUUGUAUGUAUACUUGCACAUAAUUAGUUGGAUAUUUGGACCCAUUGAGCUCUUGCUACA